AUGGCUGAACUGAGCGAAAUCGACAUCGACUCCAUCAUCGAGAGACUUCUCGAAGUCCGUGGCUCUCGUCCAGGAAAGCAAGUUCAGCUCGCAGAAUAUGAGAUCAAGUUUUUGUGCACAACUGCGCGUGAGAUCUUCAUCAACCAACCUAUCCUCUUGGAGCUGGAGGCACCCAUCAAAAUCUGCGGUGAUAUCCAUGGACAAUACUACGAUUUGCUCCGCCUCUUCGAGUACGGUGGUUUUCCACCCGAGGCCAACUAUCUGUUUUUGGGAGAUUAUGUCGAUCGUGGAAAGCAGUCGUUGGAGACAAUCUGCCUGUUGCUCGCCUACAAGAUCAAGUACCCCGAGAACUUCUUCAUCCUGCGAGGAAACCACGAGUGCGCCAGCAUUAACAGGAUUUACGGAUUCUAUGACGAAUGCAAACGUCGUUACAACAUUAAGCUGUGGAAGACAUUUACAGACUGCUUCAACUGCCUGCCAGUAGCGGCCAUUAUCGACGAAAAGAUUUUCUGCAUGCACGGAGGUCUUUCACCCGAUCUGUUGAACAUGGAGCAGAUUCGCCGUGUAAUGCGCCCAACGGAUGUGCCCGAUACUGGCUUGUUGUGCGAUUUGCUCUGGUCUGAUCCCGACAAAGAUAUCACUGGGUGGAGCGAAAACGAUCGCGGAGUCUCGUUCACAUUUGGACCAGAUGUGGUCAGCCGAUUCUUGCAGAAGCACGAUAUGGAUCUUGUCUGCCGUGCCCAUCAGGUCGUCGAGGACGGAUACGAGUUCUUUGCCAAGCGCCAGCUCGUCACCUUGUUCUCCGCACCCAAUUACUGCGGCGAGUUCGAUAACGCCGGAGCUAUGAUGAGCGUCGACGAGACCCUGAUGUGCUCGUUCCAGAUCUUGAAGCCAGCGGAGAAGAAGCAAAAGUACUCAUAUGGUAAGGACUUUAUUCAAGGACACACAUUCCAAAACAUGGCCCUGCUGGCAUAUGAACAUGCGCACGAACCGGACAUGCAAACUUACGUCUGA